UACAUACGUAGACUCGGCUUAAACCGUAAGGCAAGUCUCAAGUUUGAGGGGACUUUCCUUUGAUGAUUUACUCGUAAGCUAUCCAUAUGGAUGUAUAAAGAAAAGAGAUUCUCUCACUUACUUUAGACAGGCCGCUCUCAUAAACACAAGACUCUAGCACUUCACCUACAGCUUAGAAAAAAACAUAAUUAUUCAAUCAGACACCAUGCGUUUCAUCACAGCCUCGCUUAUCAUGGCUACAGUAGCCGUAGCCCACGUUGCCGAGCAAGUUCCUCGGGAUGCCAUGAUCACACCUGCUCCUGUAUUGAAGAAUUUGAAGGGACGCCAAUCCUGGCAGGCCUCUCUAUCCUCGGCACUCGCCGUAGCCAGUGCAGCGCAAGCACGGGCUAGUUCGAUCGCAGCACAACAGGGACAAGGUGGAAGUUGGCAACAAGCGGAAAGCGCUGCUUUGGCCGCCGCUAGCCAGGCGGCAGCGGCGGCUAGCAGCAUAGCGGCUCAGUAUGGGAGACGCGAGCUUGAUGAACGGCAGGAUUGGGACAACGUUCAAUCGGCAGCCGAAGCAGCCGCAAGCGAGAUAGAUGCGGCAGCAAGCAGCAUAGCAGAACACUUCGAUAAACGAGAUAUUCUGCAUGCACGACAAGCAUGGGAGGUUGCAGAGUCUGCAGCCGAGGCAGCCGCCAGCGAGGUCGUGGCGAUUGCCAACAGUAUUGCAGGCCACUUUGGUAGACGUCAAGACUGGCAAUCGGUUGCUAAUUCGGCAGAAAGUUUGGCAAGCUCUUGGGCCAGUGCCGGGCAAUCGCUAGGCCAAUCAUGGGAGUCGGUCGGAAACAGCAUUGCCAGCUCCGCCGAUAGUUUUGCCAACUCGGUGGCCACCAGCGCCGAAGGCCUCGGCUCAACGAUUGCAAACAGUGCAGAAAGCCUGGCCACUUCCGUAGCCAACAGUGCUGAAAGCUUAGCCACCUCUGUGGUCAAUAGCGCUGAGAGUGUAGCCUCCACGGCCGGCCAGGCUGCUGUAUCUUCAGCCAACGCCGCUGUUUCGAGUGCUAGCGAUGUUGUUGCUAGCGCUGAGAGCGUUGCCUCUACUGCUACUGGCAGUGACCAGUCUGCAGCCUCCUCGGCUGUUCAAAGCGCUCACUCGGUUGCCUCCGCUGCCUCAUCCGCCGCGUCGUCCGCCGCUUCAGCAGCUGCAAGUACCACGGUUGCUACUCCGACUACGAAUAUGGCAACAGGCACAACUGGAUUAUCCUCGCCACUGUUGUGCAUGGGAGCCGCAUCAUUUGCUGUGCUAUUGGGCGCGAUCAUAUUGUAGUGUGCUUGUAUGUAUAAAGGGGAUAAAGGGAGCGAGUCUGAUUAUUUCAGGAUAGAUCGAAGAUAUAAAUAAGGUUUAGCAAGGAUACAAGGAUAUAAAUAUGAUAGUAUGAGCUUAUUCAAUUUUAUAAAUGAUAUUUGGACUACUUCAGUAUCAUUUUCACAUGGCUUCUUUAGAAGAAUGGGAAUUGAAGAUCUCGAGAAUAUUGGACUGGAUUCCAGUUGGCAACUUGGACGACUAUCUACUCCACGAAGAUAGAGAAGUACUCUAGGUUAGGUAAGUGAAAGGCUUGGCAUUCAAUUAACACGAACGAGACGCGCUAUAAUUGAGUAGUCUU